UACGUUUGGUUUAUUCAUGUAUUUAAUUGUUUAAUCACAAAUUAGGGUUUCUACAUUCAGUUUUUGAUUCUUCUUUAUAAAAAAUGAAGUUUCUACUUUCUAUAGGAAUCUGAAAUUUUGCAAAUGCGAUAUCGCAUUAUCACCUUUCCGUCAAGUUCUAUGGAUAUGUUUCUGCAGUUUCUUUUAUCCAAAGUAGUCGAUUAUUUCGUUUCUACCAUAAUAUGGUGUCCACUUUUAUGCGAUUAACAGGUUAAUUGGUUUGACCUAAUUGCAUUAUAUCCACUCUUACCAGAGUCGUUGAAUAGGGUUAGGGGUUAGCGAACUUGUUUUCUCAAAUCAUCAAUCAUACUGAAUACUCCGACAAUUCUGAGCUUAUAUUGAAGAUUGAUCAUUCUGAGUUUGUAGUGAACAAUUGUUUAAAACCCAAUUAUGAGAUUGUUUGUGGAUUCUACUUCAGCAAUUGAAUGGCUUUAAUUUUUGAUCCGGUGACAAUCUUUACAGGUAUGAAUUGUCCCAAAGCACUAUCUCCAAUUCAGAAGUUAAACACAAACACAUCAAUAAAUAACCGAAAAAGCCACCAUGUUUUUAAAAAGAUCUGUAUAACAAGACCUAAGUUUUUAAUUGGAGAAGAUUAUGGUGCCAAAUAUGCUAUUUCAGUAGCAAGAGGAAACCACAAUGGGCUUAAUUUAAAUAAUGAACCCUUUUGGUUAUCACCUACAAAGGGCUUUAUCAGGGGAAUAAAAUCUUUGUUUGCCUUUCUGGCUGAACAACCUAGCCAGCUAAAGUACAUAGAGUGGCCAGGUUUCCAAAAUACGUUGAAAACAGCUAUGUUGACUCUUGUUCUUGUGGCAAUGCUUAUUGUUGGCUUAUCGUCUGUUGAUUCUGGUCUUUGGUAUUUGCUUGUAACGAUUCUAAGGAAACCUGCAUGAUUCUAUUUCUACAAGCGUUUUUAUUCUGACUUGAUUUAGUCCUUAUUUUUUUUUUACAAAUUUGUCUUUAUUAGGUUUGGUAGCCUUUUUUUUUUAUAAUAAAAUGAUCAUCUCAAUGGUUCCAAUAUGGUUUUACAAAUUACAAUGUGUAUGUGUUUAUAAUUUGGUAAUGUUGAUCGGAGAAACUUUUGAUUGUUA